AUGCUCGGAUUCGGCCCGAAUCAAUUUCCCGUCAAUGGAAAGACUAUCCUUAUAACAGGCGCAUCGGAAGGUCUUGGGCUAUCGGUUGCCGUCCAACUUGCACAGAAAGGCGCCAAUGUUGUCAUCGUUUCUAGAUCUCUCCAGAAACUCGAAGUAGCUAUUGCCGCUAUCAAGGCUGCCGCAGCUAGCCCGUCGAAACAACGCUUCCACUACAUAAUUGCGGAUCUGACGAACGCCGAUGCAGCAGAUCGCAUAUUGGACGAUACGACAACGUGGAAUAAUGGGGUAGCCCCUGAUGUUGUCUGGUGCUGCGCAGGAUACUGUCACCCGGGGCUUUUCAUUGAUGUGCCUAUCCAGACUUUGAGAGAUCAAAUGGAUACUGUGUACUGGACCAGCGCGUACACUGCGCAUGCCACACUGAAAAGAUGGCUGGCACCUGUGUCGCGAGAUAUCAAAACAAAAGACCAGCAGUCUCCGAGACAUCUAAUUUUCACUUCGUCCGCUGCCGCAUUUUUUACCGUCUCGGGAUACAGUCCCUACUCGCCCGCAAAAGCCGCCAUGCGAAAUCUAUCGGAUGUUCUCGUCCAGGAGAUUGAAAUCUACAAUGGCGCACGUCGCAAGAAGGAUGCUAAUGCGCCUGCAACCGACGUCAAGAUCCACAUAGUAUUCCCAAUGGGUAUGACGAGCCCCGGUUUCGAGAAUGAGCAGAAGCUCAAGCCCGAGAUUACUCAUAUUAUGGAGGAAGCCGACAAGCCACAGCUCCCCGAGGAGGUAGCCACUAUUGCCAUCAAGGGGCUUGAGAGAGGCGAUUUCCAGGUUAUAACUAAUGCAGUUGGUCAAAUAAUGCGGACAACGGCGCUCGGCUCUAGUCCCCGGAAUAAUAUCCUUUUCGACACCGCGUCUAGUUGGUUGAGCGGCAUUGUUGCCCUGUUCAUCAUCCCGGACUUGGCCAAAAAGGCAUUUAAUUAUGGGAAACAGAAGGGAAUUGCGUUUGUAAAAGCAUGA